AACAACACACAUCGCUUCCGCGUGAAAUAGUUCCGUAUGAAUAUGUGCAAAUGGCGACCAUUUAUUAUUUCACGAAAAAUUAGGAAUAAAAAGACAACAGGUUGAUCUACAUUUAAAUGUCAUCCUGUACUGCUUCAAAAUACUUGGAAAGGAGAAUGUACAAAUAUUAAUUUUGAUCACUUCAUCUGAAUUGAAAUGAUUUCAUCUGGAAAUUUUCAACAUGUGGAGCCAUUGUAGCAUGCACCAACCCAAAUCUGUGAUGGAAAAUUGUGAAGGAUUUUCAGAACAUUGAUAGCUAGUUUAGGUACAUGUAUCUUUCCACAACUUCAUAUGCAAGAAGAGCAAGGAAGGGGAGAAAACCGACAAGUGGCAACUGUUAAAAACAAACUUACUUGGUGCUGGAAAGCAUACCUUUACAUCUGAAAUCAUGGACAAGUAUGAGAGACUAGGAAAGAUUGGUGAGGGGUCAUAUGGAGUGGUGUUUAAAUGUAGACACAAGGACACUGGUACAAUAGUUGCUAUCAAACGAUUUGUGGAGUCUGAAGAUGAUCCCCUCAUCAAAAAGAUUGCAUUGAGAGAGAUCCGUAUGCUGAAGCAACUUAAACAUGAGAAUCUUGUCAAUCUGAAAGAGGUCUUCAGAAGGAAAAAGAAACUUCACCUUGUAUUUGAAUAUUGUGAUUAUACAGUACUCAACACAUUAGAAGCCAAUCCAAAUGGAGUCCCUGAAGGACAGGGUAUUAACAUAGUCUACCAAACUUUAGAAGCUGUCAAUUUUUGCCACCAACACAAUUGUAUUCAUAGAGAUGUCAAACCAGAAAAUAUCCUUAUCACCAAAGAUGGACGAAUUAAAUUAUGUGAUUUUGGUUUUGCUAGAAUAUUAACUGGUCCUGAUGAUGAGUACACAGAUUACGUAGCAACCCGAUGGUACAGAGCACCAGAGCUACUAGUAGGUGAUAUGGUGUAUGGCCCACCCGUCGAUGUAUGGGCCAUCGGUUGUGUAACAGCAGAACUCAUAGCAGGAGAGGCCCUCUGGCCUGGCAGAUCAGACGUUGAUCAGCUAUACCUUAUCAAACAAACACUAGGUGAUUUGAUUGACAGACAUCUCAAGAUUUUCAGCACAAAUCACUUCUUCAAAGGAAUGAGUAUUCCUGAACCAGAGAGAAGGAUACCAUUGAAGGACAAAGUUAGGAAUCUAAACUCAACUGCAUUGUCUUUCUUAGAGGCUUGUCUGCAGAUGGAUCCAGCAGAUAGAAUGAGUUGUCAAGAACUGAUGGAAAUGCCAUUUUUUGACAGACACAAGGGUCUAGAUGAUCGCCACCCAGACACCACAGUCCGCAAGCAUAGAUCAAAAUUGAGUCUUCGCAAGGACAACAGCCAUUUACCUCAGCUAAACUCCCAAGGUUUACAAGAAGGCCUCUCCAAAGGUCAUGGCAACCAAGGAUACAAGAAAGAUAAUGAAAAACUGCUCAAGAGAGACCGCCUACCAAACAUAGAUUCGUUUAAAUAGAGUGAAUGGUUUCACAAAAUCUGUUCCAUAUGAGGAGCUGCAUACAAGACUUGAGGAGUGAUUAAAGACUUUCAUAUUGUAUUCAGGCUUAAGUUUCUAGUCAGAGUCUCAAAACAUUGUCAUUGUAAUGACCAAUCAGAUAUGGUUGUUGGUGGAAAGAAUGCACCCCAUUGCAGGGGCAGUUGGUGACUAUCUAUUUAUCAUUGUGAUAGUACUGUGUUUUUUUUUUUGUUAAAUGUUUGAAUCUUGAUUUCUUUCAGGAGUCACUGCCAUCUUGUAUUCAAGCCAAAGGUUUUUUUGAGGCAAUGUCUCAAAGCAUUCUCACUGUAAAGAUUGAAGCGUGUUCAGUGUUUUUUUCCCUGCAUGCACUAUUGUGCCGUCAGGAGGUUUAGUUCACAUUUGAUUAUCCAUAUUGUCUGUUUUAUUCCUGUUUCAAGGACUUUAAUGCUGCCAUUAUGCCUCCUACAAACGAUUUUAGUACAUAUCAAGAAAAUGGGCGAAUCACCUUUCCCCGACAUGUAUCACAUUAUAAAGCAUUUCUCUCCCCGGUCUUUGAAUGCUCAAAGCUACAUGUUUUGCAGUCAAGUUUCUUUAUUUCAACACUAAUCAUAAGAAUCCUAGAAAUACUCCAAUGCCAAUAAUUUCUAUUGAAAAUCUGUACAUUAAAUAAAAAAUCAACCACAAUCUCAGACCUAUUUGUAACCCCAAUCCUAAUCCUCAUAGAAUUGUUAAUCCCCCCACACACACAAAAAAUAUCACAACCCAUUCUUUCAUCUUCUGAGUAAUCAAGGCAGGAUCACUUGUUUGUGCACCCAUCAGACGGAAUGUACAGAUGGAAUGUAUAACAGACUUAUAGACUCUUACAGACUCUAAUUUGUCUGUGGAAUGCAUUGUUAGGCCUAUAGAUUACAUUUGCACAAAACUACUUUGGCUGAAGUGAAACUUGUCAUAUUUUAACAGAAUGCCAUCCUAAUAAUUGCACUCAAAGAAUUACUGAUUUAAAGUGUAAAUAUACAGAUUUUUGCAUCUUCCAUUCAUUAAGCAAGAGUAUUGAUAGAAAGGCGCUGCUGCUUUUGAGUAGUCUUGAUUUGAAAUUCAGAUUUUGAAAUAUUUUUUAUACAUGACUUUCAAUUUUUCUCUCAAAAUAGCAUUAUACCUUGAAUAAUUCCACCAUCAAUUUGUGAUAUUGACAUUUAAAAAAGUGUAAAUUACAAUUCCUUCCCUUUUCUAUGUGCUUUGAAAACUCAAGUUCCCAAACAAGAAGUUUAUUCUGAGGACUUUCCGACACCUCUCUUUCUGUUUCAUUCUUCAGGCGUGUUCUUCAAGGUGAUAGUAAUUUAUUUGAAUUUUAACAGAGUUUCUAGAUACCAUUAACCUUACCAUAUUUUCAGCCAUGAUUUUAGGGAUGCAUUCAUAUAUAUGCAGGAUUUUGCUUAGCUAAAGUAAAUGUUACAAACAAUUAUCGUUGGGGUUUAGUUCAGGUAGCCAUUAUUCUUACUUAAUUUAAAAGCGAGACUUCGUCAUUGAUUGGGGAAGAAAAUGAUGGUUAUGAUUUAUAUUUUCUGAAACUUAAGCUUUAUCAGCGAGUGAAAUGACAUGUUAGCUCACACAUCUAGAGUUUUUACAAAGAGAGAAAUGUUUUUGAAUUACUCUACAGGUUUGAUGAAUUGAUUUAGUCAUUGUAAAUCUUAAAAGAAGAAUUGGGGCAAUGUUUGUUUUCAUUUUUUCUAUGUGUAUGUAUGGACAAUCAUGAUAAUAUAACUUUAAUUUGCAUUUCAGGUGAUAUGAUUAUGACUGCUUAUUUGUGAUAUGUAUCCGAUAACAAAAUUUGAAUUGAGCAAAAUUUAUUGAUUUGUAUUUUUGAAAUGUCUUGUAUAUUAAGAGAAAUUGGUCAGCAUAAUACUAUUCAUGAGCAUUAAUUAUUGUUGACUUUGUUUCUAAGUUGAUGCUUUUUAGAAUUGUACUUAAUUCUUGAUUAGUCUGUAAAUUAAAUUUGAACAUUUCGUAUAAGAUGUAGAAGGUGCAGAUACAUAUAUGAUGGAAUUUAGUUGUUGUAUAUUGCCAGUGGAAUGGAACCCUAAACCUUUUUUCUCCCUUUUCUGUUGUAGUCUCACUUGCAGACAUUUUUUUUGUAUUGCGAUGUCUUACAUUGUAGACUACAACAGGUUGGGGAGGGGGGUCACAGAGUUGAGUGUAAAUUAAAGUUGCACUAAUUUCGUUAGUUACGAGCAAUAUAGAACACACCACUCUUAAGAUUGGAUCAUAUUUAAUUGAAUGGCACUACUUUGUUGUCAUCAAACCUUAUACAUGACUUUAACUCUAUGUCUGACACCCCCCCCCCCCCUCAAUGACAUGCCUAAUGUUGAAAUAUUACAUAUAAUGAUGGGUCUCAGUGUACUUCUAGAUAUUAUGAUGAAUCUGAUGAUCCUAUACAUAUCAGUCAUUUGGAAUGUUUUCAAAUUUGCAAUGAGAGAUUUUAUAAACCUCUUAUUAAAAAGACAUAUCUAAAAUAAACCCAUCAAAUGGUUCUGCAAAUUCAGGUUAAGCUCUGUAUAUCAUUGGAAUGCAUGUUUAAUGUCCAUUUUAUUGACACCUGCUUGCAAUGAUCAUGUAUCAUUUACUCUUGAACUGGCUUGCAGAAUUAUUCUGAGAGGGUUUGCAGUUGUAAAAGGUGUACUGCCUUUGACAAAAGCAUUCAUUUAUUUGAAAAAUCAUAUACUCAAUCAGUUAAUAAAGUAUUUAAUCAAGACUUAACAUGUUUUUUAGAUGUAUAAGUACCAACUAACAAUAUUGAGAAAUAUUUUGUAUUUUAUCUGAAAUUGUUGUGUAAGAAGUACAUGUAUGCCUUUAGCAGUAUCUGCAAUAAUGCUUUAAUGAUGUACUAAUCAGACUUUGCCUUAGUGAAAACUAAUUAUGUAAAGGAAAGAAGAAAGAGAGAGAGAAUACACAUGUUGUAUAUGUAGAAGCAGAGCAGUAGUGCUAGAGUAAAUUAUUGUAUUUUGAUUACAUUUGAACAAUGAUUAGUGUUUCAAAAUUGUUUAUGAAAGUAAGAGUAAUGCCAAAAAGAUCAUGUAUGUGUAUUACCUUGUUACUAAGUACUAUACUUAUGUACUGGUGGUUUAUGAAUAGUAUUCAGAGAAAAAAUGUUGAUAUGGUUGUAGUUGCAUGUAAGUAGAUACAUAUAUUAAGAUCUUGCUCUUAGAUCAGUGGACUUUCACGACAGUAUCAUUAGAAAAAUUCUUGUUGAUUGAAAAAAAUGAAAAACGUCUUUUCUGUUAUUCAAGCUUAAAAUUGUCUACUUGUGCUAUACAAUGUUAGGCCAGGUAAAUAAAGAAAAUGUCACCGGGGACGUGAUGAAAUGCUUUAAAGUAUAUCAAAAUUGGAUAUUUCACAUUUGUAAGUAAUGGAAAUGGUCAAUACCUACCUUGAGGGCAUAGUGACUCAAUGCUUAGAAUUGAUUGCAUUGACCAAAGUGUACAAUCAAGACGGAAAAUCAAUUAUACGCUGAGCAGUGCAAAAAAGUGUUUCGGGCACCAUGACAUGGGUCCCGUAACACAAAUGUUAGUGAUUGUAGUCAAUGGAAUCAAUUGUAGAAAAUUGUUCUACAUCAUUGCUAAGCGUAGUGUUACGGGACCCAGUUCUGCUUGUAAAUAUUGUAACUUUUAAAAGAAGCCUCAAUGAAACAUGCCCUCUUUCAUUUCUCUCUUUGUUUACAAGAAAUAUUUUGCUGAAGAGGGGAAGGGGGGGGGUGUUCUUUAAGAAGUAAAUAUCUUUGGCCCUCAAAAGUAAUAUUACAUGAAAUUUUAUAUUUUCAUUUGGGAGGUUGGUAUUCUAAUUGCAUAUUGCAUAAGUUCUAUGAAGAUAGCUUAACCUCUCUAUCAACACUAAUUAUUCUAGUACUAUUUAUUUGCACGUAUUGUGCACUUUUACUGAAUUCGAUACCAAAAAAGUUAGUUUGUGGAAAGUGUUGAGUUAUUGUGUAGUUGGAAAACUACUUGACUAGAUCAAUUUACUGUGUAUAAAAUAUAUUUGACUUGGGACACCAUUACGUGGCCCUGUAUACUUGUUAUGUGUAGAGCCUUCUUCUUAAAGGGACAACUUCUGAUUUGUUUGAAAAUAAUGCUGAGAAAACAAGAUGUAAC